AUGGAUGGGAUUUGCCUCCUGGAGAAGGUGAAAGCUGGGCAAAUGGGUGAAGAUGUUGAGGGAGAGAGCCGUGCAGAUGGGGGCGGACGAGUGCUGCAGACGGGGGGCACAGCUGGAGCUACGGUUCCCAAGGAGUUUCUGUGUGACCAGAAGUACAGUGAUGAAGAGAACCUGGUGGAAAAGCUCGCGGCCUUCAAAGACCUGAUGUCUUUAAAGAGGAUGAUGGAGAAGCUCGGGGUCCCCAAGACCCACCUGGAGAUGAAAAAGAUGAUCUCAGAGGUGACAGGUGGGGUCAGCGACACCAUCUCCUACCGUGACUUCGUGAACAUGAUGUUGGGGAAGCGGUCGGCUGUGCUCAAGCUAGUCAUGAUGUUUGAAGGAAAAGCCAACGAGAGCAGCCCCAAGCCAGUUGGUCCCCCUCCAGAGAGAGACAUUGCCAGCCUGCCCUGA